CCGCCAUCUGCCUCCUCCACCUCAACUCUCCUUCCUUUGUCUUUCUCCUUCUCCCUCCUAUCCAUUCCCCUCUCCCCCCCUCCCUUCGCAUUGAUAGUUGUCGACUGGGAUCAAUCAAUUCUAAUACUCGCGGUUUCACGACUACGACGGACAUCGCCACUACCACCAGAGCUAUCGUCUUCCUCUCCGCACAUCGAUAGACCCUUUUCAACCAUAUAUCGGACAAUCGACAGUCCUGAACCCAACCCAAUCUACCACUUCGGAGGGUUCUCCCCGCCACUACCGUCACCAUGGAUAUCGUUCUCGAAGCUUUCGAUACCUACGCAUUCGACCACCUCUAUGCCGCACUAGCCCCCGUCAAGCAGUACCCCCUCGGAGCCAAUGCGACCUUCUCGAGCGCGCCCAAGACCCUCCCAACAAACAAUUGGCAAUUCGAGCCCGCCAGUGAAUACCUCUCCUUCACUCCCGGUCCAAAUGCAUACCUGAGUCAGUUGACGCGAGACGAUUGGCGUCGCCAACUCGUCACACUCUUCAUCAUUACUUGGGUAUUCGGUCUCAUUGUCUACUACGUCUUCGCGUCCCUCUCGUACUUCUUCAUCUUCGACAAGGCCACAUUCAACCACCCCAAAUACCUCAAGAACCAGAUCAGCCUCGAGAUCAAGCAGGCCAAUGCCGCCCUCCCCGUCAUGGCCAUUCCCACUGCCUUUUGCUUCCUGUUCGAGGUUCGCGGAUGGUCCAAGAUGUAUGACUCGACGGCCGAAGGACCAGGAAUGUGGUACAACAUCAUCCAAUUCCCCUUCUUCAUCCUCUUUACCGACUUCCUCGUCUACUGGAUCCACCGAUACCUCCACCACCCAUUGAUCUACAAGCACCUCCACAAGCCUCACCACAAGUGGAUCAUGCCCACCCCGUACGCUUCCCACGCUUUCCACCCCAUGGACGGCUUCGCACAGAGCAUCCCAUACCACCUCUUCCCCUUCCUCUUCCCCCUUCAGAAGUUCGCCUACAUCGCUCUCUUCGUCUUCGUCAACAUCUGGAGCAUCAUGAUCCACGACGGCGAGUACUACGCCGAGAACCCCAUCAUCAACGGCGCCGCCUGCCACACCAUGCACCACUUGUACUUCAACUUCAACUACGGCCAGUACACCACUCUUUGGGACCGCCUCGGUGGGAGCUACAGGAAGCCCAACGACGAGCUCUUCCGAAAGGAGCUCAAGAUGUGCCAGUCCGAGUGGAAGAAGCAGUCCAAGGAGAUGGAGAAGAUCGCCAAGGAAGUCGAGGGCGAUGACGAGAGGGAGUACAUCCAGGACGAGCCCAAGAAGGUCAAAUAGAUUUUUCACUCCCUUGUAUCAUGCGAGCGACGGAUUCUGAUUGACUGAGAGAUUUGGAGAGUUUUUUUGGAGUGGUGGUGCAGCCCAGGAGUGUUGAUUGGUUGUUGAGCGACUAUAUCAACUGAACUGGCAGGAGGACGCAUUAGGGAAUUUUCUGUCGACACAUUUAUACGAAAAAUCUAAUAUCACCGAGGCGCCGCGUACUAUAGGAGAGGUGCGGGUCCUUCAUUUUCGACUGUUCUUAGACCGGGGAGGGGCAGGUAAUGUGGAUUAUGAGAUUUCUGGUGCCCUUGGAUACAGGGGCUUUCUUUCCAAAACGUUUCCGCAUAUAUAUUUUUAGUAUGGGAACGACUUGUGGAGUAAUGGCAGGAGAAAGAGUCCAUUGUGAGUUUGAUCGGGAGGAUUGGAUCCCGGUGGCUCAAAAACAUUCGCUGUACAUAGUAUAUAUUGUUCUGAUAAUGAAAAGCAGACGUUCGUCACAUUAUAUUUG